AUGUCUUCUUCUUCGUCAUUAGACACAGCAUCUGGAUUUUCUGAAAUGGAUAGUGCAACAGGCGAUAUGAUUGGAGGCAUUGAUCAAGAAAGAACUGAUAUUAACGAUGUUGAACAAUUAAUUAAAACUCAAAAUGCUGAAGCCAAGAGAUUUCAACUUGGAAUACUCAAAAGUCAAAAGAAUAUGAAGAAAUGGACAAAAACCCAAGUAGAUACAGUCUCUGCAAUUCGAGAAGCAGAAGUUGAAGCAAAAAGAUACGAACUAGAAAGAUUACAAGCCGAAUACGAAGCAGAUUUAGCAAAUAAAGAAACAGAAUUUGAAUCAGAACUUCGUGAUAUACAAACAGAAUGCGGUGAAUUACGAGUUAAAAUUCAACAACUUGAACUCGAACUUAGCGAGGUCAAAGAAUCCAGAAAACGUGACUUACUUACAGUUAGAUCCCAAAUAGAAUCUAGUCUUAAAGAAAUGGAAGCAUCUUCAAUGAGUCAUGAUAAUCAAAUUGUUCAACUGAAAGCAGUCCUUGAUGACUUACGUCAAAAGCAUCAGAAUGAUAUAGAUCAUGCACUUCUUGAAAGCCAAUCAACAGAAGAAAUUACAGAUUCCCAAAUUUCUCAAAUUGUUGAUUCAAUAAAUCGUCUUCAACGAGAAUCAAGACAUUCGGACGAAUCAUACGGAAUGAAAAUGAAUGAGUCGCAAUCUACAAUAGAGAUGCUUAAAGGAGAAAUAAGUUCUUCCCAAGAUAGAACAAGAUUAUUAUGUGAUGAAAUACAAGUAGCACAACAGAAGCUCGCUUCUCUACAACAAGAUCUAUAUAAAUGUGAGGAACAAUCGAGAAUGCUAAAAGAACAAAUAAUUUUUGCGGAUGAACAGAAAAAGAUUAUGAAAAACGAAUUGAAUAAAUUAGAUUCGGCUCUUUGGAAUACAAAGAAGAGUACAAUUAUGACACAAGAUAGAUUCUGA